AUGGAGUCCAUUUGUGGCACUUAUAUGUCAUCAAAAGGCAUGCAAUCCAUUACUUCUUCAGGCAUUUCAUCAAUGGAUCACAUCCUCGGCGGCGGUUUUGCCAUCAAUUCAAUCACUUUAAUAGAAGAAGACAAUUUGUGUCAAUUUACACCACUCUUUGCCAAAUGUUUUGUCUCGCAAUCCAUUGAAUGCAAACAUAAGACCAUUAUUUGCUCGCAAACCAUAUCAUCGAUUAGAUCCAGAUUUUUGAGAGAACUGCCCGUCCGAUCGACACAACAGUCCAAACAAAUUGAUGACAAUUGCGAUGACUUGAAGAUCGCGUGGAGAUAUAGGGGACAGACAUCGGGUGCCAAUAGGACUGACGGAAAGGACUUUGAUUUCAAUUCACACAUCAGUGAAGAGACACUGACUUCGGCUGAUAUAGUGUUUUGUACACACGAUAUGUGUUUAGAAGUGAUCCGAGCGUUGAAUCAAAACGAUAACAAAACUGUGGUCAGAGUCUUGAUCGACGGUUUGGGCUCUGCUUUGAGUCCAAUAAGUGUCGACUCUUUGCCUAAAUAUGUGUAUGAAUUGAAAUCAUUGAUAAGAAAAGUGCCAAACAUUGUCUGUUUGGCGACAUUUAGUCCGCAAUUAGUUCUGCUCUCAAAGUAUUCAUACGCGAGAAGUCGUGUCCACAAUGUUGUCGAUUGUGUCAUACAAUUGAUUGGUUUUGAUGAGUGGACACAAACCCCUUAUACCGAAUAUAACGGACUCUUUAAUGUCCUGAAACUACCGAAACUCAAUUCAUUCAACUAUUAUAAUACUCCCGAAACAUUGGAUUUGGGAUUUCAGCUCAAGAAUCACAACCGAUUCCUCGUUGUCGACAAGUUAUCGCUUCCGCCGGAUCUGAGCGAAACUGUUAGCCGAACCACCGGCUGCUCCACCGCUCACAACAACACUCAACUCGACUUCUAAUGCCAUUUCAUAUCACUUUAUAUUGUAUUUAUUUUUAUUUGUCAAUAGUUUAAUAUUAAAUUUAAUGCAUUUAUUAAAAUAUAAUAAAUAUUUUUUGUUUGUAA